CCCCCCGCGCGCGUCUUCCUCCUCCCCUCGGGCCGCGUCGCUCUUCCAAUCCAACCCACUCCGAGCCAGAUUAAGGGAGAAGAGAUUUCCUGCGAAUUCUUCGAGGAAUUCUGUUCCAAAUCGAGUAUGAAAUUCGGGAAGGAUUUCAGGAGCCACCUGGAGGAGACGCUGCCGGCGUGGAGGGACAAGUAUCUGGCGUACAAGUCCCUCAAGAAGCUAAUCAAGAACCUGCCCCCCGAUGGAGAUCCCCCUCCCGUCGCCGCGGCGGCGGAGGUGCCUGCGGGAGAUGGGGAUGGGGAUGGGGGCAUCGCCCUGGGGAACUGGUUCGCCAGGGUCCUCGACAUGGAGCUCCAGAAGCUCAACGACUUCUACAUCGAGAGGGAGGAGUGGUACGUCAUCCGCCUCCAGGUGCUCAAAGAAAGAAUUGAACGUGUCAAAGCUAAGAAGAAUGGGGCUUUUACAUCUAAGAGCGAAUUCACUGAAGAGAUGUUAGAGAUACGCAAAGCUUUUGUCAUCAUCCAUGGGGAGAUGAUUCUUCUGCAAACCUAUAGCUCCCUAAAUUUUGCCGGACUUGUGAAGAUACUGAAAAAAUAUGACAAGAGAACAGGUGGUUUGCUCAGCCUACCUUUCACUCAACGUGCUCGACACCAACCAUUUUUCACAACGGAACCUUUAACAAGGCUUGUUCGAGAAUGUGAGGCUAAUCUUGAGCUCCUGUUUCCUAUCGAAGCAGAAGUACUUGAGUCUGCUAGCUCCUCUGCUAAGUUGCAACCUCAGAAUGAUGAUGCGGCUAGCCAUGACCCAGCGUCAUCUGUCGAUGUUGAAACCUCGGACGUGUACCGAAGCACACUCGCGGCAAUGAAGGCGAUUCAGGGCCUCCGCAAAGCCAGCUCUACUUACAAUCCCUUGUCGCUCGCCAGGUUCUUCCAUGGAGAGGACGGUGAAGCCUGCUCUGGAGCCAUCACCUCUGAAAGUGAUUCCUAUUCUGAUUCCCAGAUUGAAGAUGCUGAAGAUGAUGAUAAAGAGGUGCAAUCAAGGGAGCAGAAUACGGCUCAAAAUGCUGCAGAAGGCCAGCCACGUGAUGAAUGAUCCGUCUUUGCAUUGUGCUGUUUAAUCCUCCGAGGCCCUGAUAAGUGUAAAUGAUACAGCUGCGGCAUACACUAAUAAUCUUGAUCCUUGAAAUGUAUAACCAUUACUGAUCUUCCCAAUGGAACUCUUUUCCUUUUUCUUUUCGCUCGUAGAUAUCAAAGUUGGAUUUAUAUUUACUGUGUUCUUUGGUUUGACAGCAUAUUAUCAGGAUUUUGGAGUUCUGGAUUUCUGAUGUUUUAGGCAGAGAGCAAAUGUGAGUUAUUAGCUGACUUGGGUGAACUUUAUGCAAACCCCCAGUAGCAUUUUGACAUAUUCUUUGUACAAAGAAAGCCACAAAGCUCCCAAUUCUGCAGUGUACAUUCAUAAACGCUGUAUUGUCUGAACAAAUUACAGCGUCAUGAAACAGUGAUUCUUUGUUCCUAAA